AUGAGUUUACAAAAACCAAAACAAACCAAAUUACUUUUAAUUGGAGAAACAGGUGUUGGUAAAAGUUCAUUUGGUAAUUCCAUUUUACAGAAGAAUGUUUUUAAAGUAGGUAAUAAUUCAAAUUCAGAAACAAAAAUAGUUGCUAAAUGUUUUGGAGAAGGAGAUAGAAGUGAUUUAGUUGUUAUUGAUACACCUGGUUUUAAUGAUACUGAUAAUUUUGAUGAAGGACAUAUUCAAAAUAUUGUAAAAUGUGUUAAAGCUGAAGGAUUACAAGGGAUUGUAUUAACAAUGAAUUAUAAUGAUUGUAAAUUUAUUGAUAACAUUAAACAAGUUAUUAAAACUAUAAAUGAUGUUUUCAAAAUAAAAGACAUUUGGAAACAUGUUUGUAUUGUUUGGAAUAAAUGUUAUAAUUCUCUUUUCCAAAAGAUAAUUAAAAAAGGUGAAAAAGAGAAAGAACAAUUCAAAGAAAAUAUAAUUUCAUUUAUAAAUCAAAUAAAUGAAACAAAUGAAGAUAUUGAUAUUAAAAUGUAUUAUGUAGAUUCAGAUCCAGAUGAAGAACAUGAUAAUAGCAGAUCAGAAGAAGAAAUAGAAAGAUUAAUUGAAUGGGCAAAAGAAUUAGAAUUAAUUGAUGAAAAAGAAAUUAAUAAAUUAGUCGAUGAAUACAAAGAAAUUCUAUAUGAAGAAAAAGAAGAAAAAGGUAAAACAUUAAGAGAAACAGAAUUUAAAAUAACAUUGGAAAUAAAUAUAUACAGAAGAUGUAUUAAAAUAAAAAAUAAUGGAGAAAAAAUAGUAGAUAAUUGGGUUUUAUUUAGUACCAAAAUAACAACAGAAAAGAAAAAAACUUUUAUGGAAAAAGUAUGGGGUGUUGUUAAAGUUUUAGGUUUUAUUUCCCUUGGUGUUGGUGUUGCUAUUGGUGUUAUUGGUGGUGCUGUCAUUGGUGGUGCUGUCAUUGGUGGUGCUGUUGGUGCUGUUGUCAUUGGUGGUGUUGUUGGUGGUGUUGAUGGUGCUGUUGGUGGUGCUGUUGGUGGUGCUGUUGGUGGUGCUGUUGGUGGUGCUGUUGGUGGUGCUGUCAUUGGUGGUGUUGUUGGUGGUGUUGUUGGUGUUAGUGAUGUUAUGAAAAAGACAAGUAACACCAAAAAAAUUGAAAAUUAAUUAAACAUUAUAAAUGA